CACGCGGAUGGAAACUUUGUAUCCGCCGUCAGGGAAGAGUGUGCGCCGCGGAGAAAGAUGCAUGAAGAGGAUGACAGCGCUGCCAACUCCAGCAGGAAUUCUCGGAUACUGGCGGCCAGAUCCCUGGACGUGGCUGACUGCGAUGGCACGAAGGAGCAGGCAGCCAAAUUACGCGGAUACUUAAACAAACUGUCUGGGAAGGGGCCGCUUAGAGGGUUCAAGACGCGCUGGUUUGUGUACGACACUAGACAGUGUUACCUGUAUUAUUUCAAGACUCCCCAAGACGCCCUUCCGCUGGGGCACAUUGAGAUCGCAGAUGCGUGUUUUACAUAUGAUGUGGAGGCAGAAGAAGGGCUUUUUGAGAUCCGCACCGAGGGGAAGGAGUUUCUGCUUAAGGCACCCAGCAGGCAGGUGAUGCUUUACUGGCUGCAACAGUUACAACAGAAAAGAUGGGAGUUCUGUAACAUGCCCGGUCACAGGGACAGCUGGUGCUCUCCCGCCCCCUGUUAUCCACACACGGGUCUCGUGGCCAAAGAUGCAGAAGCAACAUUUUUUGAGAAGCCAAACGAGACUAUGGAAAGUGUCCGGAAUGAUUUUGCCUUGGAGUUGGACAGUGAUGGACUGGUCGGGGUCCAGUCUGCUCGUGGCCCUGUUGCUCCGCCCACAGCAGCUUUUAACUCUCUCAGACACUGGGGCUCUGAGCUCAGAAAUAGCAUGUCUCACCUUCGAGCCGGCCGGGGAGGAGAGAACAGACGCAGUGUUUUUUACACCGCCAACAGUGAGGAGUGGGAGUUGGUGGAUUCUCCGGAGCACAAAUCUCAAUCUGACAACAGUCAGCGCAGGGAAAGUCCUUCACAUAAUCAGAGAAACUCCAUUGGCUCAACAUUCACGUUUGAUUUCCGCAACCCCUCACGAAUGAAGCGGCCCUUUCACAUGGGCUCCGGGAAAGCCAGCCGCAGCGCGGAGAGCUCACCGGUUGAAUGCAAUGGAAACAAGACAUCUGAACUUCAGCUCCGCAUUCAAAGCCAACAAGAGGAGAUCAUCCGCUUGCAGGAGCAAGAGAACUGCCUCCAGGAGGAGCUCGCCAGUCAGAAGGAGCUGGUUCGUCUCCUCCAGCAAACGUUACGGAGCUCUCAAUGCCAGUCAGGGAGCAUGGGGCAAGACAAUAAUAACCAGAGCGAGGGGGCUAAAGCCCUGGGAGAGCGAGAUGGAGAGAUCAAGGAUCUCUGCGGUCAUAUGGAGAGGCUGGCUUUGGAGAAGGAGAGUCUACAGAAGGAGCUGAAAGGGUUGAAGAUUAAAGUGGGGGAGAUAAACGAGCGGCUCGGCAUGCUCAUGGAGACCAUUCAGGCAAAGGACGAAGUCAUCAUGAAACUUUCACAGCAGGACGACGAAGGUGGAAACCCGUCUGGGGAAUGCAACUCGCCUGGUGCCAGCAGAGAGAAACAAGAGCUUGACAUCCUGAAGGACAGUCUCCAAGGCUACAAAUCCCAGAAUAACUUCCUGAACAAAGAAAUCCUGGAGUUGACAGUCUUGCGACGAAACGCUGAAGCUAGAGAGAAGAUUCUAGAAGUGAAGUAUACGAGUUUGGUGGCCAAGUUGUGUCAGGUGGAGAGUAAGUACCUGGUUCUACUGCAGGAAGUGAAGUCUCCUGUUUGCUCCGGGUCAGAACCGAGUCAUAGUGGUGAUGUCAUCUCUCGCCUACUGGAAGAAGCACUGCAGGUGGAGAGUGCAGAUCAACAGGAGCACACCAUCCUCAAACCCAAUGCCGUCAGCGAGUACGACAUUUAUGGCUUCAAGACGGUCCCAGAAGAGGAAGAUGACGAGGAAAAACUUGAAGCUAAAAAGAGAGCACUGGACCUAAGGUCCUUCUCUCUAGGGGACCAGGAGACAUCGGUUCGAGUGAAGUGGGACAACUACCUGGCCAUCACCAUGAACAGAGAGAUGGUUCGAUCUCCAGACCUGAAGGCGCUGAUGCGAAGCGGCGUGCCUCAUAUCCACCGAUCCAAGGUGUGGACCUGGUGCGUAAACUUCCACGUGAAGAAGAUGCGUGACAGCCAGCCGAAGGAUUAUUAUCACAACCUUCUGAGCAUGGCGAAUGAUAAACCCAACCCGGCCUGCAAGCAGAUCGAACUCGACCUCUUGCGUACGCUUCCUAAUAAUAAGCAUUACGCCUCCCCUGACUUGGAGGGAAUCCAGAAACUCAGAAACGUCCUGGUGGCUUUUUCCUGGAGGAAUCCAGACAUUGGAUACUGCCAAGGCCUCAACAGACUGGCAGCCAUUACACUUCUGUACUUGGAUCAAGAAGAAGCUUUCUGGUGUCUCGUCGCCAUUGUGGAGGUUUUCAUGCCACGCGACUACUACACCAAAACACUGCUGGGCUCACAGGUAGAUCAGCGUGUGUUUAAGGACCUAAUGAACGAGAAGUUACCCAGACUUCAUGCUCAUUUUGAGCAUUAUAAAGUGGAUUUCUCUCUCAUCACCUUUAACUGGUUCCUGGUGGUGUUUGUGGACAGCGUGGUCAGUGACAUUCUUUUUAAGAUCUGGGACGCUUUUCUUUAUGAAGGACCCAAGAUAAUAUUCAGAUUUGCUCUUGCACUCUUCAAGUACAAAGAAGAGGAAUUUUUAAAGCUCCAGGAUCAAAUGACUAUUUUUAAGUACCUCCGCUACUUCACGCAUUCCAUUUUGGAUGCAAGGAGGUUGAUGAGCAUCGCCUUUGUGGACAUGAAUCCCUUCCCACUGCGACAGAUCCAGAAUCGGCGUACAUUCCACCUGGAGAAAGUUCGUCUGGAACUCACUGAGCUGGAAGCCAUCCGCCAGACCUUCCUGCGGGAGAGAGACAGGACACUGGACGGCCGAACGCUCAUAAGUGACGACGAGGAAGACAACUAAACCACAUCCAAUAAGGGACCUGCACAACUGGUGAACCAAUCAGAGAGUGCCUUAUACUUUUCCAUGUUCAGAUUUUAUAGUAAAUCAACAUCGAUAAUAUAUUUGAUGUAUGACAGCUCUUCAAAAUGUGACUUUCAGGGACAAUAGAACAGUAUUGUUGUUUAUUCGUCAAUCUGUAUCAUCCUUUUAUAUUGUUUUGAACUGCCUUACCAAUAUUUCAUCUAUUAGUACAUAUUGACUAAAAGCAGUAUUAUGGUAACUGAAGUAAUUGCAUUGAGCCAGUAAAGAUUCUGCUGGUGUGGUUCGGAGAAGUUUCUAAAUUUGUAGACUUUUACAAUAUGCUGGACAAAAUAGAAUGGUCAACAAUCCUGCACACAAACAUUUUCCUCUUUCAACACGUCACGCUUUAAAUUCCUACCAUUGUUUGUUAACAUACUUUCUUACAUAAAUUUUUGCAAUUCAACUGGUAAUUCAACAUGUUUACAAGGCCGGUCGACUUUCUAUACAUUUGGUAGUUUUAUUAAAAUCAUUUUAUUUGUCAUUUUUACGCACAAAUUCUCAAAGAAGAAAAAUAGAAAUGAUUCUUGAGAACUUCCCGUUGACGUUGGAUGUGAUUAAAAAUGACAAUUGAACAGGUUUUACAAGCAUCGGUAUUUUUCUGUAUUUUCUAUAUUUAGAUUCUUUAAGAACAAUGCUCAUGUGCUGUUGAAUUGCAAACUGCGUCGAGGUAUAAUGCUUAGUUUCUAUAUUCUAAAAUUAAAAUCUUUCAUAAUAGUUUAUAUAUACACAACAGACGCUUCUCAAAAUGAACAUGAUGAUUUGGAAAAUAUUUAGCAUUCCGAGGGUGUGAAAGUUGUUUGUUUGAGGGUGUUAAGCAUUUUGUGUUUUAUGUUCCAUGUGUUACAUUUUCUUGAGGGCCCAAUUGAUGAGGGAUUGUUGAUUUCAGUAUCGAUUAUACUUUUGUACUUUGUUUGUCUUUUUAUGUUGUAUUUUGCAUGUUUUGAAGACAUUUACUAUUGUUAUACAUGCGUAUGCUUGGAAAGACUUUAUUCUUCUUCUAUAUGUCUUUUUACCUGUUGUAAUCUAUUCAUACACAUAGGGUAACAGUUUUUGUAUUGGACUAAAGGCACAAUUUUUUCCUGAAUUUUAUGUUUUCACUUUAUCAAGUAUAUUUUUUGAGACUCGCUCAUAAGACUCUGAACGAUAUACAAAUGAAUGGUUAAACAGAUUUUCUUUUCGAUUAGUGUGAGAGCUGGUCUCUUAUCAUUUUUUGUCAUGUAGGUUUACUCGCACACCUUUCAAAGAUUGAAAGAAUUACGAAUGAAUUAUUAUAAGCCCAGCUAAACCGAACGUGCAUUCAUACUAUUUGACACAUUUGAGUCUCAGCACAUCUCCACCAUUUAUUGUAUAAGCCAUAUAUUCCUUUUAGCUGUUAAUGUUUGUCCUAUAGCACAGAUUGUUUUCAAUUUGUUUCUUGCUGUUGUUCAAUGCAAUGCAUUGCCCAGAUCUAUAUCUAACACAUUGCUGUGCACAAAUUACAUACAAAUUUUUCAAUGUUGCUGAAACGUUUACUUUCCAUGUAUCGAUACACAACAAAUGUUUUAUGAAUGGAGUAUUUCAAAUAUUGACACUUUGUAUGCUUUGAAAAGUUAUUAGUUAGUCUCUACAUGAAUAAUACUUGAGUUACAAGGGAUGCAUAAAAACAAAUCAUGCUACAGAACAAUAAGGCUGUGUGGGGCCUUCUCUUUAUUCCUUUCUGUUUUGUAAAGCUUUUGUAAUUAAAAGAUUAAAUCAUC